CGUGAAUAUUGUGCCUCUCUUUUUCACCAUACUGGCUGUCACUGGUUUCGGGGGACAGGAACCCUGGACGGACGGUGUCAUUGAGUUUACCAGGCCUGCUCAUGGUUUCAUCAAUUAUUGCUCAAAGUUGGAUACUGAGCAUGACAAACUAUUUCCCCUGUUAUAUCAUCGCUGCAUCAUGGUAGACGGGACGUGGAUUUUUGCUAUUGCCACAUGCGCAUUCUGGAUCAUUUUAGCUACUUGUACAUGCGUCGCCAAACCUAUCAAACGGCACUCCGUGGGUCGUCUACCGACGGAAAUGAAAUGGACAGAUUACACGACCACUCACACUUCUCACCAUGCGGCAGUAGCACCAGCUCAUCCCAAAGCGCAGUACGAUUACACGGCCUAUGAUAACCCUUCGACGAUGCGAAAACCUGAAAAAUCAAUGGAAAGCAUGAACACAAUCCAACUCCCUAUCCAUGCCGAUCCUGAUUAUAUGAUGCGGUAUCAAGCUUAUCCGAGCAUGUCACCCCAUGCCAUAGACGACCAAUACCAAAGUCGUUUUAGAUCACCCUCUGUACAUACCUAUUAUCCUUCACAAGCACCGACACCGGUGAUGCCUAAAGCACCCUCACUGGUGGAUCAAACAUGGAAACUAGAAUAUGUCCCGCCUAUCCCCAUUCAUACAUUUGAAGUGCCUACAUCCGCACUUCAGCAUCCACAGACACCUGCUAUGUCUACGACUCCCACUACUCCAGUAUCUGUCCGACAACCAUUGCCUGUAUCCUACGAUUUUCAUCCAAACCCUCCGUAUGAGCAUAUUGAUUCCGAUCGCCGAUCAUCAGCGACCUCCUUGCUAUUUCAUCCUCCUCCACCAUUCACCCCACCCACAGAUACCAAGCAUGCAGUAUCGGAAUAA